AUGUUGAAAAAUAGCUUCAAUUUGAUGGUACGAAAGGGCGUGUCUGCCUCGUUUGUGGGCUCUAAAACUGUUCAAAUAAGUGCGAUGAGAUGCCUUUCACUAAAACCCAACCUUGAUAAAUUUAAGCUCACACCACCACCACCCGGAGGAGUUGAGGGCAACGUGAACGAUCCUGUGAAAAAGCCCGAAAUUGAUUAUUUCCAUGGGUCCUACCAUUGGGAUUAUGAAAGAAUCACAGCCGUGGCAUUGUUACCACUCACAAUGGUCCCCAUGUACUGGGCUAUGACUGGUAGUAGCGUACAUCCUAUGAUAGACACCGCACUGUGCUGUACACUACUGAUUCAUGUUCAGCUGGGAUUGACCAGUUGUAUUGUGGAUUACAUUCCCAAACGGAAAUUUGGGAUCUGGCACCAGGCUGCCCUGCUUUCCCUUUAUGCGGGCACAGCAGUAGGUCUUUAUGGGGUUUAUGAACUGGAAACCAAAAACAAUGGAUUUGUGGACCUUGUUCAUAAGUUAUGGAAAGACGAGGAAGAGGAAUUGACCAUCUACUCUAGGUUUUAA